CCGUAUAGCGAUUGCCCGCCAUAUUGGUGGUCUCCUCCAUCACACUGAAACAGAAGCGAGAGCUUUCAGUUUACCGGGGCUGUGAAAACGUCAACAUCAUCGUUCUUGUAUACUCUGCACUAAGAAAUACGACAUCAUGGAGGCCGUUAAAGCAUUUAAUGGCGAGCUUUACUCCUUGAACGAAUACAAGCCCCCAAUAUCCAAAGCAAAGAUGACCCAGAUAACAAAGUCUGCCAUAAAAGCCAUAAAGUUCUACAAGCAUGUCGUGCAGAGUGUGGAGAAGUUCAUUCAGAAAUGCAAGCCAGAGUACAAGGUCCCCGGGCUCUACGUGGUCGACUCCAUCGUGCGCCAGUCGCGGCACCAGUUCGGCCAGGAGAAGGACGUGUUCGCGCCGCGCUUCAGCAAGAACAUCAUCGCCACCUUCCAGAACCUCUACCGCUGCCCUUCCGACGACAAGAGCAAGAUCGUGAGGGUCCUCAACCUCUGGCAGAAGAACAACGUCUUCAAGAGCGACAUAAUCCAGCCCCUCCUGGACAUGGCCGCCGGGCUGCCGCCCCCCAGCCUGACCCCCGUCACCGCCAGCAGCGCCGCGCCCGUCAACAGCACCACCCCCGGAACCCCUACAACCCCCGCCACCCCAGCCAACAUGGUGCAGAGCCUGCCUGACUGGGCCUCACAGAUCUCCAACACGGACACCGUGGCUGCUGUGGCCCAGAUCCUGCAGAGCCCGCAGGGCCAGCAGCUGCAGCAGCUGGUGCAGAGCCUGCAGCUCCAGCAGCAGAAGCCCCAGCCCUCCCUGUUGCAGGCUCUGGACGCCGGCCUGGUGGUCCAGCUGCAGGCCCUCACUGCCCAGCUCACCGCCGCCGCCACCGCCAACACGCUCAACCCCCUGGAGCAGAGGGUGUCCUCCUUCAACAAGAAGCUGUUGGGACAGUUUGAUUUUGGGAGCGAUUCUGAACGCAGCGAGAGUUCCAAAAAGGACACGCCGUCAUCCCAGCUGCCCAUGGUCUCAGACUCCAUCAACAGCUCCAUUUUCCACCAGCUGGCCGAGCAGCUACAGCAGCAGAACCUGGAGCAGUUCCAGAAGCAGUUCCUGGAACACCAACAGCAGCAACAGCAACAACAACAGCAGCAGCAGCAGCAGCAGCAGCAACAGAAGGCGAUGUCCACGGACGGCCAGGAGGCAAUCUUCGGUUCCGAGAGCUCGGCCACGCCCUCUCAGAGCCGCGCCCAGCAGCACCAAGAGGUCGAGACCAAGAUGGACGACUCCAUCGACAACCAACAGCAGGACAUGGAUCUGGACGAAGGCCAGGACACGGUGGACGAGGACAUGUUCGAGGCCGAGGAGAAGAAGACCGGCAGCACCAGGUCCAGGACGCGUUCCAGGUCCCGGUCCAGGUCCCCCAGGAAACGACGGUCACGGUCGCGGUCGGGUUCGCGGAAGCGCAAGCACCGGAAGCGCUCGCGGUCACGGUCCCGGGAGCGGAAAAGAAAGUCGUCGCGGUCGUACUCCAGCGAGCGGCGGGCUCGCGAGCGCGAGAAAGAGCGGCAGAAGAAAGGGCUGCCGCCCAUCCGCUCCAAAACUCUGAGCGUUUGCAGCACUACUCUCUGGGUGGGACAAGUCGACAAAAAGGCCACACAGCAAGAUCUCACCAACCUCUUUGAAGAAUUUGGGCAGAUUGAAUCCAUCAAUAUGAUCCCCCCCAGGGGCUGCGCCUACAUCGGCAUGGUGCACAGACAGGACGCCUACCGCGCCCGGCAGAAGCUCAGCAGCGGCUCCUUCAAGAUCGGCUCCAAAGUCAUCAAGAUUGCCUGGGCCCUGAAUAUUGGGGUGAAGCAGGAGUACAAGCAGUUCUGGGACGUGGACUUGGGGGUGACCUACAUACCCUGGGAGAAGGUCAAGCUGGACGACCUGGCUGGUUUUGUUGAGGGGGGCAUGAUCGACCAGGAGACGGUCAACAGUGAGUGGGAAGCUGCGCGGAAUGCUGAGCCGCCCAAAGAGACGCCGGCCCAGCCGGCCAGCGCAGAGCCCAGCAGCCUUGGCAGCGCCCAGACGGAGGCCUUCACCCAGCCCGUCACCAUGAUGCCCGUACAGAUCCCGGUGGCACAGGGUGUCCCGGCCGUGGGGCUCAUCCCGCCCUCUUUCCCGGUCACCAUGGCGAUGCCGCCGCCCGGUUUCGGCCCUCCGCCGCCUUUCCUGCGGGCCGGUUUCAACACCUCCCAGCCCCCUCCCGGUUUCAUGCCACCUUCUGUAGUUCCUCAGACGUCCGUGGGAUCUGGCGUCCCCUCAGUACCAACAUCCCUGAUGCAGUCCUCCAUGUCGGGGGCGCAGGAGGCCCCGAAAAGCUCGCCCUUCGGAGCCAUGAUCCCCCCCGUCAGCACCAUCCCUGGGAGCUACAUCCCCCAGGGCGUCUUCAAUCCCGUGGGAACCCAGCCCCAGCUGCCUGCCGACAAUAAGGCGGGCCAGCCCGCGGAAAGCCUGGACGCCGCCGCGGAAUUA